AUGGCAGCUCCCCUCCCAGAGACAGAGGGAACCGCCACCCCCGUCAUGCUAGCAUACGAUGCCAAUGCCAACACGAACCAGAAACGCUCGACUCCUGUCAUGUUGGCAUAUGAUGUCAAAGACGCUCCUGAAGGGGCCACUCCCGUGAUGUUAGCAUAUGAUGUCAAGGACGCAAAGGAGAAACGCGCCACUCCUGUGAUGCUGGCGUACGAUGCCAAAGACGCUCCUGAAGGCGCAACCCCCGUCAUGCUCGCUUAUGACACCAAGGAUGCGAAGGACAAACGCUCUGACGCGGUCAUGCUCGCCUAUGAUCCGAAGAACGUUCCGGAGAAUGCUACUCCCGUUAUGCUGGCUUACGAUGCCUAG